CAUGCACAAAGACUCAACACCUGCCUGCGUCGUCGUGGAGAUCUCCCAUCGACCGUUUGUACAACUUUUGCCCGUUGCUCUUUUCGACCACAUUGCUCAGUCGGUGCAACAUUGGUGUAAGGCGUCGAGGAUCAGUCCUAUCGUCACGUCGUCAUAGUUAUAUCCGUACUUAGCCCCAGCCUCCCCCGCACCACACCACCGCGCCCUCAUCAUGAUGUCGAUGACCCCUAGAACCACUCGCCAUGCCUGGAAGCUGGCUCGGUCUGCCUCGCGCCCAGUAGCAGCAUUGUCACGUACAUAUGCCACUGCCGAACCAGAUCUGAAGACGACCCUCAAAGAAGUCAUCCCCGAGAAGCGCGAGUUGCUCAAGGAAGUCAAGGCCCGUGGGGAUGAAGUCAUCGGCGAUGUCAAGAUCUCCAGUGUCAUCGGAGGUAUGCGUGGAUUGAAGGCCAUGGUCUGGGAGGGUUCCGUUCUUGACGCCAACGAGGGAAUCCGCUUCCAUGGCCGUACAAUCAAAGACUGCCAGAAGGAGCUUCCCAAAGGAACUUCCGGCACUGAAAUGCUUCCGGAGGCUAUGUUCUGGCUGCUUCUGACUGGAAAAGUCCCAUCGACCUCUCAAGUCCGCGCCUUUUCUCGCGAGCUCGCUGAAAAGUCAUACCUUCCCCAGCACAUUCUCGACCUGUUCAAGUCUUUCCCCAAGGACAUGCAUCCCAUGACCCAGCUCUCCGUUGCAGUUGGCGCUCUGAACACCGAAUCCAAGUUUGCCAAGGCAUACGAACAGGGACUCAACAAAGCCGAGUACUGGGAGCCCACAUUUGACGACAGCAUAUCCCUGCUCGCCAAGAUUCCCCGUGUUGCAGCUCUGGUCUUCCGCUCCAACGAGAUUGAUGCAGUUGGUGCCCAGAAACUUGAUGUCAACCAGGAUUGGUCUUACAACUUUGCUGAGCUUCUCGGCAAGGGUGGCAAGGAGAAUGAGGACUUCCACGAUCUCCUUCGUUUGUACCUCGCACUCCAUGGUGACCACGAAGGUGGAAAUGUCUCUGCCCAUGCUACUCACCUUGUUGGCAGCGCUCUCAGUGAUCCGUUCCUCAGCUACAGUGCCGGUCUCCUUGGUCUCGCCGGUCCCCUCCACGGUCUUGCCGCACAGGAAGUUCUUCGCUGGAUCUUGUCCAUGCAGAACGACAUUGGCACCACGUUCACUGAUAAGGACGUUGAAGACUACUUAUGGAACACCCUUCGAUCUGGCCGUGUUGUUCCUGGCUAUGGUCACGGUGUCCUCCGUAAGCCGGAUCCUCGAUUCGAAGCUCUCAUGGAUUUCGCCUCCACCAGAAAGGACGUCCUUGAAAACCCUGUCUUCCAAUUGGUUAAGAAAAACUCCGAGAUCGCACCCCGUGUGUUGACUGAGCAUGGAAAGACCAAGAACCCCCAUCCUAACGUCGACGCCGCGUCUGGAGUAUUGUUCCAUCACUACGGCUUCCAGCAACCCCUUUACUACACCGUUACUUUCGGUGUAAGUCGUGCUUUGGGCCCUCUAGCCCAGCUUAUCUGGAGCCGUGCUCUUGGAUUGCCAAUUGAGCGCCCCAAGUCCAUCAACUUGUUGGGUCUGUUGGGUAAGAAAUGAGUGAACGACUGUUGGACUAUUAUUCGAAAGUGAUUAUUAUAUACCGGCGUUGCUCCAUUAUAUGCCGGGUGUUGCUCCUGUAUUGGAAGCAUUUAUGUAAAAGUUGGUUGACGGCCCUCUUUCUUCGUGAUAUUUUUACUUCCCUUUGCUCGAUUAUUUUUUAGAUAGCAUUCAUCGAUCUAAAAUAGAUUUUUGCCUCAAAUUCCAUUCCCUCCAAUGCAAAUGCAAAUACCAUUGAAAUCAAUCCGCUUCUCCUGCGGGACUAUACUAACAAUCGAACUGGUACAGUAGUAAUAUAGAGGUGGGAAUGUUUUCUACCUAACAUUGAAUCAAUAUAUCGACAUUAUCCUAUGAACUCUAAU